UCGUCGAAUAAUCAAACUCUAAACCCGUUCCUGCUCCAUUCCCUUCUCCUUUCUUCUUCCUUAAAAAAACCCGAGCUCGUUCGUGCUCCAUUAUCUCCCUCACUCUUACUAUAAAUUAGAGAGAGAGAGAGAGAGGGAGGGAGGGAAGCUGGGAGCGAUUCCUGCUGACGCGCCAGCUGAGGUGUGAGGGGCUGUUCGUGCCGUGUGACUCUUCCGUUCCGUUGGGAUCCCUCCUCCCUUUUCGCGUGGUCUCUCCCAGAGCUGCCUGUCUUGUGCGGCGCGGGGAAGCAAAAUCUCACCUGGGCUCGUCUUCCUCCUCCGCCUCCUGCUCCUGCUCCUGCUCCAACCAGCCGGCCGGCUUUGGGUUCUUCGCCGCCUCGGAGCUCGAAUCCGGCCCGCGGGUUCCUGAUUUCGUGCCGAGGCUCUCGGCGGCAGAUUCGCGCCGGCAUUUCGCGGGAACGCUCUUCGCCCAACUCUCCUUUCCGCCAUUUCUCGGCGCCGAAUCCUGCCCCGGGGCUUCUCUCCCUUCUCCCUCCCCCUCAGCCUAGGGUUCUCCCGGUUUCCCGGAAGCAUCCCUUUCGGCAGAGUCCUGGUGCUUUUCUUUUCUUGAAAUUAGCAGAGUCUUAGGUGCUGGAUGCGCGACGAUUCAUCCAACACACAUGGCCAGCUGCUGCUGACAUCCAUGAGGAGACCUCGGCAUGUUACUCUGCUGCUGUGCGCGAGCAGGAGGACCAGAACCCGGCCCACGCACUGAAUCUUCUUCUGCUACAGACUUUCAGUCACAAAAUGCACCCAUAUCCGCUCAAAGGCUCCAAGGGGGCGUCGUUGCCGCCGCGGCCGACCCUCGUCUUCCUCAUCGCGCUCUUUGGCCUCUAUGUGUGCUACCUCUCCUUCAAUCAGAUAAGGAUGGAGAGCAAGCAUGUGGAGGAGAAUGGUGCACAAGAACAAGAUGAACAUGUUUGCGCAAAGCCUUAUGUUCCAAGUGAGGAGCUGCCCUACGUGCACUUCCCAAAGCCAAAGGGUUACAGCAGGGCGGAAUGCUCGUGUAAUCCUGUUCGGUUCUUUGUGAUCGUGUCGAUGCAAAGAUCGGGAAGUGGAUGGUUCGAGACACUGCUAAACAGCCACCCUAACAUCAGCUCGAACGGCGAAAUAUUCAACAGAGUGGAUAGAAGACAAAAUAUAUCGUCCAUCGUACAAACACUCGACAAACUGUAUGACUUGGACUGGCUCACAAGUGCAGCAAAGAAUGAGUGCACGGCUGCAUUUGGAUUCAAGUGGAUGCUAAAUCAGGGUUUUAUGGACCAUCAUGAUGAAAUACUUAGUUAUUUGAACAAGAAGGGUGUCUCAGUGAUAUUUCUCUUCAGGAGAAAUACAUUGCGCAGGCUUAUCUCUGUGUUGGCCAACAACUAUGACAGAGAUGCAAAGCAGCUGAAUGGAACCCAUAAAUCUCACGUUCACUCGGAAGAAGAGGCCGAGAUACUCGCAAAAUUCAAACCAGAACUGGACGUGUCAACCCUGGUUUCAAACAUCAGGGACGUCGAGAAGUACAUGGGAGACUGCUUGGACAGCUUCAACACGACACGGCGCAUGAUCCUCUACUACGAGGACAUAAUCAGAAACAGAAAUGUAUUGUUCCAGGUGCAGGAAUUCCUCGGUGUUCCGGUGAGGAAACUGGUGAGCAGGCAGGUGAAGAUCCAUACGCGCCCGCUUCCGGAUCUUGUCAGGAACUGGGAGGAUGUGAACAGCAGACUCAACAGGACAGAGUACGCGCGUUUCCUCGAUGGCGCAGAUUACGUGAAGUGAUGCGUUCGGGAUUCUGAUGUAGGUUCAAGAUCAUUUGCAAGGGACUCUUCAGACCACAGAGUAGUGGAAGUCUGUAGACCUGUAGUCUCCAGAGGGUUGAUUAUGUUGUACAAUGAGGUAGUUAAAGUGCAUGAAGCUUAGAGAUCGAUAUGGAAAUAAUAGGGCAAAAUGUACAGGUUUUAGGCGUUCAUUACUUUCAGACCACACAGAGUAGCUCAAAAUUGUUGGCAUCUGGUGAUGGUGUAUUCUUUGGUUUUCUUCAGCUA